GCUCCGAUCCAGAAAGAGGUCGAUAAUUCGUACCACACCGUGAAAUUCAAAGGUUCUUUCCUGAACGAGAAUAUCUACCGACAACCCGGGAGCCCGGAAGUCGAUGCAGCAUGGGAAGCAUUAGGCGUUGACUACAGAGGUAUUGCAGUUCCUCUCGACGAAGCACCAAAAUCCGGAAUCAAACCCGAUCAGGUGCAAAUCAACCCCAAAUACGGUGGUGGCUUCCCCGCAAAUGUGGAAGGUCUGCAUCAUCUUCAUUGCCUCAAUCUCGUCCGGCAAGGCUUGUACUACAAUAUCGACUACUACCGCGCCAAAGGCGAAGGUGCUUUCAUUAACAACAGCACGGUCGUUCGUUAUCAUGUCUCUCAUUGUCUGGAUAUCGUCAGACAGCAAUUGAUGUGUACCCCGGAUACUGGAUUGCUGGGGCAGGUCUGGUGGGAUCCGGAAGCUCCCAAGGCAUUUGUGGAUUUCAAUACCGAGCACAAAUGCAAAAACUAUGAUGCGAUUCGGGAGUGGGCGAGGGUGAGGCAGCUACCUGAUAGUGUGCCUGAGGAUUUCUUGAAACCACCGCAGGUUGGAGACAAGAUUUACGAGGCGAUUCCUUGA